CUUAAAAAUAUGAAUCAUUUGUGGAAAUCGAUAUACCGAUUACGGUUACACUCGCGCAACCCAGCACCAGGGUACGGAAAAGUGUUAAGAAGUCAGCCGGCUUCUUCAUCCUCGACCGAAACCGGUGUCCCCAAAGAGAAGAUAGUGAUACCGAACCGGAUCGAACGUGGGCCAACCGAUAUAUUGAUGGCACUUUCCGCCACGGUUGGUUUUGAUCCGACUGCACCGCACUACAAAUAUCAUGACGAUCCGUACCUGAUACCGACCUCGAACGCGAACAAGAAAACGUUCGCCUUGGCACAGGAAGCUGGUCGAAAGGCGGCACACUGGAUACGGCAGGAGAACGCACAUCUGUUCCAGCACAAGGAAGCUGAUCCACCGGUACAAGCGUUCGUACCGACGAUGGUGUAUAACGAGGAGAGUAAGGUGGAAACGACCGAUCUGCAGAAGCUUAUAGACAGUGUGGAGGUGAAGGAUGCCAUUCUCGUCUACAAUCUGCUGAAAAAGAGCGGCAUAGAGGUUGGGGAUGAACUGAAACAACAAUUGCUGGAACUGGUGUGCUUUUACAACCACGAAGAUACACUUCCGGAACAAUUCAUCGAGGAGCGUUGGUUCCGUCAGGGUACGGUUGGUCGCGAAAGACAGCGCAAAACGUGGAAAGAUUUUGAGCUAGCGGAGGAACUAUUUCAUGGACUGGAAACGAAACGCCCAGAGCACUACUGUGCCAUGAUCCGUGGGAUGGCUCGCUUCUUCCAGGUAGAAAAAGCAUGGGCCCUAUACCAGGAAACGAUCGAAAAGGGUAUCGAGCUGGACACGAACACGUUCAACAGUCUGCUGCACAUCGCAUCGUUCCUGAAGGAAAGCUACGACAAGCGGUGGGAUCUAGUGUGCGAAGUGAUGUCCACCAUGAAGCAGCAGCAACUGCGUCCGAAUCUUGGCACGCUUAAUGGCAUCCUACAGACGGUCACGACAAUCGGUGGAUACAAUCAUCCCCGGACGUACGCGCUGAAAACGCUGGCCGAGUUUAAAAAGCUCGGCAUCGAACCAUCGCUUGCCACGUGGUACUACAUGUUGGUGAUUUUCUGUCGCGAACGAGGUCCAGUUAGUCACGUGCUGCACGAUAUCAUGAACGAAAUCGAAGGCAAAGAGUUUACCAUCCAUGAUCCGAAGGAUACGUUCUUCUUUGUGACGGCGAUGGACGUGUGCCGUAAUCAUCUGCACGACAAGGAGCUUGCCAAACGGGUAAACCAAUUGCUUCACCACGGCGAAAACUACAACCUGAUCGGGGACUCGUACAAGGAAUCGAUCUACUAUCGACACUAUUUCACACUGCUCGCCACCACAGAGCCACUGGAAAGCUUCCUGGACACGUACCAUCUGCUCGUGCCGAACGUCUACACGCCGGAACCGUCGGUGAUGGAGGACAUUUUGCGUUCGGUUGAGAUGAACACGGCCAUCGAACACAUACCGCUGCUGUGGUCACACAUGGUACAGUUCGAUCAUACUAACCGGGAAAAUCUACUCAAUCUGCUGCUGCACAUUAUGGUCACGAGCGAACCCUCGAAGGAUGACCCAAAGCAUGCCGAUCUGGUUCAGCGGUUUGCUAACAUCGCUUGGGACAUGUGGAACCGUAUGGAGGAACGUGCCGCUGCACCACGUGCCACUACAUCUACCGGUAUGGCCGGGCCGAUGUUGGGUGAUGUUUUGCUACUGUGUGCUCGGGCUGGUGACUACGAGAAGGCUACGGGUGUGUUUACGAAGCUGAGCAAGGAACAGAACUCGAUUGUUGGUGAACCGAGGGUGGAUGGGCUGCGGGAGUUCGUUAACCUAUGCAUCACAAACCGAGCCCCGUCGGUAGCGAUACAGUGUCUGCAGUACUGUAGCGAGAACGGCUAUGCGGAGAGUGUGGAUAUAGGUCGUCAUAUAUUCAACUCGUUUGCAUUGGAUCAGUCGCAGGUGUCGAAAAUACGCAGCCUGGUCGGUGCGGAAGCGAUUAAGCCAGUUAGUCCAAAGGAAGAUGCAGCUGGAAGCGAAUGAGGUUAGACCUUAAUA